CAGCCCUGUGGCAUCCCGGUGUCUAGAAGCAGUGGAGGUGUGGGGACCCAGCCUGAAGCUCUGGGAGCCACCUAACAAGAAGUUCAGUACCCAGCUGCAGAGUGAUGCUGAUGAUCCAGUAAGCCAUGACAAGACGCCGGCUCCUGUUUGUGCUCUGGUGCUCCAGCAUCCUGGCAGCGGUCCGCAGCUUCACAGUUAGCGGGCAUCUGUGUGUGAGCGACUUCUUCAUGGGCAUAACCUGUGUGAUGAACAUCAGCGGCGUUCCUGUGGUCGGGUCCAACAACCUCAGCCUGAAGUUCAGGGAUGAAUCAAAAAAGAACACCAAAAAUGUCUCCUGUCCAGUUGUGGCGACUGACGAGGGUUUCCUCUGUCACUGUAAAGUUUCCGAUUUGUAUUUAUCGGACAUGAAUUUUUUUAUGAUUGAGCUUUGUCACGAGUCCGCCUGCCAAGUUGUCCAACAUAAGUUUUAUCCAGUUGAUAACAUCAAGCUGACGCCGCCGCCUGAACUGGAGCUCAUACGUUCAACAGACUAUGUCAACAUUACUUGUAAAAGUGAAAGAUAUAAAACACACUUGUACUUUCCGUACUUACUCAACUAUGAACUCUUGAUUCAAGAAUCCACCGGCAGCUGGAACAGAACUUUUUACCUCAGCUCAUCCAGAUAUGUCGAACCGAUCGACACAUCGCAACUCAAACCAAACACAGAGUACUGUGUCAAAGCCAAAUUCAAAGUUUAUCAGGAAAACGUCUGGGAUUCUUUUUGGAGUGAAUGGAGUGAUGUAAAAUGUUGGACAACUGAACAAAAGGAGGUAGAAGAAAACGAAGAAAAAGAAGAUAUUGCAUUCCUCUUACUCAAAUCCCUGGGCCCUGUGUGUGUAACUGCUGGAGUCCUGUUAUUCAUAUUCUACAACCCCGCAACAAGAAUGAAGAUAAAAACUCUGGCCCACACACCAACACCUGCCCCUUUCUUUAAGCCCCUGUUUCAGCAACACGACGGAAAUCUCCAGGAGUGGCUUUCACCUCGUGGGAAGUGCGUCCUGACAUACAAAACUGAGGAGAACCUGAUAGCUGAUGCUGUGACUGUUGUGCCAAAGUCCUUCUCAAAGGAUUUAGAGGAGACCCAAGUCUUCUUCAGCCCUCCGGCAACGCAGCUGGCCUUCUCUCUGAGCCACACCUCCUAUGUCGGCUUACCGGGGAUGGACAAGGCCCCCUCUCCCGUCCCUGGGCUCUGUCCAGGAGACACUCCGUACACUCAGCUCCCCUGUUCCAUCUGGGGUUUCAGCGUCCAAGACAUAGAGGUUGUCCCCUCCGACCCUAAAGAGUUCCUGGAAAUCAGCCAUUCCGAUUCUGGCUGCGAGGACCUGACCCAGAGCCCGGAGUGCAGUUUACCAUGCAGUCCCGUCGACGAGAUCCCGACACCCAUCCACUGCACCGAUUACUGCAUCCUCAAUAAGACAGCCGAGGGAGUCGUGCCUGUUUUGCUGUCCAAGGAACGUGCCGGAGACGCUGCGUCCGGCUCUCUGAAGUCAGAGGGAUGAGAAGUUCUCCUUUUUAUUCGUUCAGAGGAAGAUGGCGUUCAUCUGCACUGCUCAGUGGCUCAGUGCAAGUAAACAACCUUCCACGUUUUUUGUCCCUGUGGUUUAUCAGUCGGCAUGUUAGAGGUUGAAUUACUUUAUUAAACCAAUUAAUGCAAAGCGAUUGUCAGUUUGCAGUAGAACUACAGGGUGUCUACAGAGAAACGCCCUUACGCACUUCGGGAAGCAUCCGCGAUGUGAGAUGCAGAGAGUUUUAACAUGAAAACGUGUAGGUUUUGUUUGUGCUUGGCAACAGAUUGCUUUUGUUUCUGCAUGUUGUUUUACUACAGCUAAAGAUAAAGAAAUAACCAUUAAAGGGAUGAAACGCUUUCCCCACUAUUAUCACAUGCCUCUUAGUUAACGACAGCUUUCUGUGUGAUUUGAUGUUUUGAGAUGCAUUAUUGUCAUUGUCUUUUAGCCAUCUCUGAAAGGAGACACUUAUGUGUGCCAUCCAAUGCUUUUGUUGAGUUAACAGUUUGAUCCAGUUUCAGACCAGAAGACUCAACAACUUAAUCUUCAAAUGAAGAAAUAUGUUAGAAUUUCUGUCUGUUGCAAAACAAAAAAGGACAAAGAAAGCAAGAAAAACUAUUUCUGUCUGUCUUAAAUUUUACAUAAAAUGGGUGUGAUAUGAUGGUGUACUGAAGAAAUUUUCUGGUGCUUCAUGUUUAACAUCUAAAUUAAGACACAAAAAACUUUUCUUCAAUUUAUUUUUGAAUGUUUUUGCACUAAUUCCUUGUCUGCACAAAUCACCUGUUUAAAGGGAGAUGUAAUAUUUUCUUACCCUCUUACUGUUUACAACAGAAAAAGAAGGAUGACGUGUGGAUGAAAUUAUAAGAUGGCGUGGCAAUACUCCAUAUGUCCUCAUUAUGCAAAUUGUAUUGUAUCA